AUGAACCCGCAGCAACCAGGCGCUUUCCAGGGCCAGCAGGUUCCUCCACGCCCAGGACCUCCACCGGGCGCUCAACAGCAGGGCGCCUUUCCAACACAGCAACAGCAGCAGCCGUACCCGCAGCAACGUCCUAUACAACCACCUCAGCCGCAACAGUUGCAGCAAGGUGUGCGUCCGCCGCCCAACUCGGCCAUGCAGCUUCGACCUCAGCCUGGUAUGCCAUUCGCCAGGCCAGCGCAACUACCCUCAGCCAACAUGGCUGGUGCGCGACCUCCAGCUAGUCGUCCUUUCCCGCAGCAGCCAGGCGCACCCGGCGGUAUCCCACCACAGGCAGCUGGGCUACAAUCCAAUCCCGCCAUGCAGGGCAGGCUCAGUCCUCGUCCUGCUGGUCAGCCAGGCGCUAUGGCAGGCGUAGAAUCGCAGAUGGCUGGCCUUGACCUUCAAGCGCGCCAACCCAGUCCAGCUCCAGCACAAGCUCUCUCGCCCGAGGCCGGCCCAGCUAAGACCAAGCGUAGCGCCCGCGCUUAUCACACAGACGCUCAGGCCGGUCCCGCCACCGGCUGGAACGAUGCGCCCAGCCAGCCAAAUCCACCACCUGCUCCCUGGCAGCAGGCAGCUGCUGCUAGAGUAGCGCAGCAAGGUCACCAAUUCAACGACGCAAAUGAUGAUUCUGCGCUCGACCAGAUGCCCGGACAGCGCAAUGUCGUCUCACCUGCACAAGCUGCGCACAACCGUGCCAUGAUGGCUCAAGGCGGAGCUCGUCCCAAUCUACCAGCCAACCAACAGAGCAGCGUUCCAGGCAUGCAAGCCGCACUUGGAGGUGCUUCCGGUGGUAUCGCUCAGCCUCCUCACCAGGCUGGGCAGCGUUUCGCAGGUCCUCGCAGCAAGAUUGACCCAGAUCAGAUCCCUAGCCCCGUCGAGAUGCAGGACGCCGAUCAAGAGUUCUUUGACAAGGAAUGGUUCGCUACGUGUGGACGGGGUGGAAUGCCACUCAGCACCACCAGCUUCGCUGCCGUCGAUCAGGGCAAUUGCUCUCCCAAACAUCUCCGACUCACCACCUACAGCAUACCUGCCACCGACGAGCUCGCUACCACAGCGCAGCUACCGCUGGCGGUGCUGCUUCAGCCUUUUGCACAGCUGCGUCCCGACGAGUCCCCGAUUCCUGUCGCCACUUUCGGUGAGAGCGGCCCACCGCGUUGCAAGCGCUGUCGAGGCUACAUCAACGCAUGGUGUAUUUUUGUCGAAGGCGGUCAGGAAUGGACUUGCAAUCUUUGUGGCACUGCAACCGAGGUGGCUCCUGAUUACUUUUGCAACCUCGACAUGAGCGGUCGACGUGUCGACUUUGACCAACGUCCCGAGCUAUCGCGCGGCUCAAUCGACUUUGCUGUCCCUAAAGAGUACUGGGCCAUUCAGUCGACGCCUCCCGUAUCUGUGCUCCUCCCCGUGGCACCAGCUAGCACUCGGACAGAAACCGCCAAGCUCGAUCCCAAGACCGAAGCCAACAAAGACUACGAAGGCACCACCCUUGGUCUCAGCGGUCAGGGCGCACAAGCAGCAAAGCAAGCUACCAAGGCGGCUAGCGAGGCGCUCAACGGAUUGCAGCUCGGCAAGGGUCGCACCACUGUACGUGCGCCUCGCCCAUUGACCUAUUUCUUCGCCAUCGACGUCAGCUACAGCGCUGUUCGCUCUGGUGCUCUUGCCUGCUCCGUUGAGGCGAUCCGCGAGACACUUUACGGUCCCAAGACAAGCUCUACAAAUGAAGGCACCAACGGCGCACCAGACGCCGAGUUCAGCACCGGCCCAGGAUUCGGUCUCUUGGAGGGCGCCAAGGUCGCCAUCCUCACCUUUGACCGUGCUCUUCACUUCUACAACUUGUCAGCGGAGCUCGAUCAGGCACAGAUGCUCGUAGUUGGCGACAUCGACGAGCCAUUCGUGCCCAUCAGCGACGGUCUUUUGGCGGAUGCAUGGGAGUCACGCCAUCUCAUUGAAGGCCUACUCGACAAUCUUCCCACCAUGUUCGGCGAGAGCAUGGUCGGUGAUGCAGCGCUCGGUGCAGCGGUCCGCGGCGCACAAGCAGCGCUUUCGACUAUCGGUGGUCAGGUCAACAUCUUCUUAUCCACCAUUCCAACAGUCGGACCUGGUGCACUCAAGCACCGCGAGGACACCAAGCUCUACGGCACUGACAAGGAACGCAACCUUUUUGUUCCCCAAGAUGGCUUCUACCGCGGUGCAGCUGAGGAGUGUGUAGACGCAGGUAUCGGUAUCAACAUCUUCUUCUUCCCUUCGCAGUACAUUGAUGUUGCGACCAUCGGUGUCUUGUCCGGCUUCACGGGCGGUGAGGUGUUCUUCCACCCUCGCUUCGAUCCCGUGCGCGAUGGUGUCAAGCUGCAGAGCGAAGUACGACGCACCGUGCUGCGAGAGACGGCAUACAACGUCACGAUGCGACUGCGAUGCUCCAACGGUCUGCGUGUCGCCGACCACUUUGGCAACUUCUUCCAGCGUAAUGCUACCGAUAUCGAGGUGGGCACCAUGGAUGCAGACAAGUGUAUCGCAGCUUUGGUCAAGCACGAAGGCAAGUUGGACGAGAAGCACGAGGCUCACUUCCAGUGUGCCGUAUUGUAUACUACGGCCGAGGGCGAGCGUCGUGUGCGAUGCCACAACAUCGCAGUACCCGUUACAUCACUGCUCGGCAAUGUCUUCCGCUACGCUGACAUGGACAGCACCGUUGCAUACUACAGCAAGGAGGUUGUGUCUCUGGCGCAUGCCAAGCCACUCAAGGAGGUGCGCCACUAUCUCACGGACAAGUGCGUCAAGAUCCUCCUUGCUUACCGUCGAAACUGUGCGUCAUCGACCAGCCCUGGUCAGCUCAUCUUGCCAGAGAGCUUCAAGCUGUUCCCUCUGUAUGCCUUGGCGAUCAACAAGACCAAGAGCAUCAAGGGCGGCAAUGUCACUUCGGAUGUGCGUGCGUUCUACAUGCGCUUCUUCCGCGCACAAGGUGUCUCGGCCGUCAUGUCGAUGCUGUACCCACGCAUGAUCGCUCUCCACACCAUGUCGGAUGCCGACGGUUCACCGAUCAAAAUCGAGCAACCCGACGGCACCACUGUCGAUGGCACACGAAUCAAGACGCCCGCAUUAAUGCGACCAUCGUACUUGCGCAUGGAAGGGCAUGGUGCCUACCUGCUCGAGAAUGGCGAGAUGUGCAUCCUGUGGCUCGGUGCCAACGUCAACCCUCGCCUGCUUGAGGAUCUGUACGGCGUCAGCACCCUGGAGGAGAUUGAUGCUCGCAUGACUCGUCUGCCCAAGUUACCAACCAAGCUCUCGAAGCAAGUUCGUGCCAUCAUCCAGUCAUUCGCACAGCAGAGGAACAAGCCCGAGCUUCCGGUUCUCAUCGCUCGUCAGAACCGCGAUGGCACCGAGGUCGAGCUCGCCAACAGCUUGGUGGAGGAUCAGAACAAUGAUGCCAUGAGCUACGUCGAUUACCUCUGCCAUGUUCACAGGAUCAUCAGCUCUGAUAUGACUUCGGGUAAGGAGGAUUCUUCUUCGUGGUUCUCGUCGUAG